UUUGCCCUUUGUUGACAGCUAGCUGGUUGGUAAUCCAGCUUCCUGUAUGGGAGAGAAGGGUGGGGACAGCCGCUUGGAAGUGCGCAAGCGCAUUUGUCAGCUGAUUGGACGUAGUUGUCACAUGAAACAACAAAAGCAGGAAUCAGGAGUUUACUGUAGCCGGAGAAAUGACUGUACGUGGAUUGUGGAUUAUUUCUCACGAGAAUGGAGGAAAUCUGUCAAUACGCUUUUCUAGGAGGUUUUCCACCGUGGAGCACCGCGCAAAGAGCCUGGCAGGUUCCUCAUAUGUAGCAGUCCCAGAGGAGAGUACUUUCCUGCAGCUCCUGCUCACUGAGCUGGGGCUUUCAGACUCAGGCAAGAAUUAUGUUACCCUCAGAGAUGACUGUCUUUACCGUCCACGGUCACCAGCCCUGGAGCUGCAUGUGGAUGGACCUGGAAAAGGAAUACUUUGGCCUGUGUUGACUGUCUCGCAAGGGCCUCUCAUUCUGGCUUGCCUGCCUUUAGUGGAUGUCCCUCCUGAUCCGCGGCCACCUCUGGCCAGUUUGCUGUCAGUCUCACAGGGUCUCACACUUCUGGCAGGCCUACAGACUUUUCUCCUUGGCUCAGGGAGUAAGCCUGAUAGUGAAGGGCUUGGCUCUCGUCUGGCAAUGUUGCCUUCGGUCCUCUUGCAGGUUUGUCCACUUGGCACACCCCUUGAUGUCCCCCUACCAGGGACACCUGCUACACCCACAGCGCCCACUUCUGCUGGAACUCAGAAACAGCCAGCCUGGAAGACAGGACUACACCGAGGUCGAGCUGUGGUUAACAUUGGACUGAUAGAAACAGUGCGGUCCAUGCAGUAUGGUAAUCGAAGCAGACAGGACCUCUGGGAUGUUUAUGGCACUGUGACAUGCAAAUGUGAAGUGGAGGGGGUGCUCCCAAAUGUGACAGUGACUCUAUCACUGCCACCAAAUGGUUCUCCACUGCAGGACAUCCUGGUCCAUCCCUGUGUGACAUCUCUGGAUUCUAGUAUCCUGACUGCCAGCAGUGUGGAUAAUUAUGAUGGCUCAGCUUUCUCCGGGCCAUACAAGUUUCCCUUUUCCCCUCCUCUAGAGCCCUUCAGACUAUGCAGCUAUACUUCUGAGGUUCCUGUUCCACCCAUACUUGGUUCAUACCAACUAAAGGAAGAGGAGAACCAGCUUCGCGUGUCAGUAACCCUCAAACUUCAUGAGAGUAUAAAGAACAGUUUUGAGUUCUGUAAUGCUCACCUGCCAUUCUUUAACAGGGAUCAAAUGGGUGUUGUAGAUAUGAAGUUGAGCUCUGGACAGUUGGAUGUUUCAAAAGAGAAAAACCUGCUUGUCUGGAUCCUGGGGCAAAAGUUCCCAAAGUCUCGUGAGGUUACGAUGGAGGGUAAGAUCAGCUUUUCUGGACCAACACCAGGACCUUCUGACCCACUCUGCACAAAACUUACUGCUUACGUCAAAUUGCAUUUCAAAGUGCCUGACAUGACGUUGUCUGGGUGUUAUGUUGACCAGCAUUCGGUGCAGGUUUAUUCUUCUGCCAAGCCACGGAUUGUAACAUCCCGAGAACUUCAGUCCAAAGAGUACUACAUAUGGAAUUCAACAGGUACAGCUCCAGUAUCCUCUGGACAGAUGAUGAUGUAGCAUGGAUUCACAAAGAGGGGCUUUGUGGACACUGCACUGUGUAUUAAUGAGACUGAAAAUACUGUAAUGCACACACAGUGACGUACGGUCCUCGGUCAGCUGAAAGUAAAUAAUUUUGACCCAGUUAAAUUAUUUUUGUGGUGCCCUGUUUUACAGGAGAAUUAUUAUCUAUUAUCUACUCACAUGUGCAAAGGUACUUCACAAUAUGCAAAAAUCAACUGGAUUACUGCUUUUAAAGAACUACCUGCACCUGCAGUUCAACUUCUUUUAUCCCCCAGUCUUCAGUCUGCCUCAGAUAUAUCCCAUUGCAGACACAAGGGCCACCCCUUGCUCUGACAGUCGCACUUCAGUGACUCUCCAUCAGCCGGAUAAUUAGCAGCUGGGGCCUUGUCAUCAGCUGUUGUAGGCCUGGAGUAGAGGGGCGGCUGGACUGUGAAAGGGAAGCCUGAUUCGGCCAGUGUCUUGGCGACAAAAGCUUCUCUUUUGAGCUGGCAGGAGUCCACACCCAUACCAAUCACUGGCCCCCACCUCUUUUGACCUCAGCUUUGCCCUGUCAACUAGUAGCUAGCUGAAACACAAACUCUCCAGCCUGACUGUGAUUGAGCGCUGACCCUCGGGCCCUUCGAGACUUGAAAGCUGUCGGUCUCAUUCUGUGAGCAGGACCUGUCUAAUUGGUGAAAAAGUCACAAGGAUGGUAACUGUUGGGUUGCCUCUCGAGGUUGCAGAGGAGGUGUUUUAACUAAUUUAUUGUACACCCUAUAGUAAAGAAUUUUGAUCUUUUAUUGAUGUAACACAAUCAUCAGAGUAGCCCUCUAUUUAUGCUUCGAUGCACAGAUAAAACGGCUCAAAUCUGCGUUUGCUUCCAAAUGCUUCCCUCAGUUUAUCAGCACAUUACCUGAACUAUGCAUGUAACAUUCUACUACACAAGCUCCACCUCUGUGCAUUAAGUUGAAUGAAUAACUA